AGAGAAGUAAAUAAGACUGGUCAGACAAUUCACUAUGAAGAUUACUUAUCUAGUUUUUGUUCUUGGUCUGCUUUGUACCGUUGCCUAUGCAGCCACAAUUCCCGACGAAGAAAAGCUCAAUGAUGGGACUUUAAACGAAUCUGACGAAGAAACGUCCCCAGAAAAAAGCAUGGAAAAGGAACUACAAGAAACUGUUGAUGAAGAUGACCUGUUGGAAGAUGAGGUCGACGAGGAAGCUAAUCCAGAUCUAGAAAAACGUUCACCUUAUCGUUACCGUCGCAGGCGUUAUUCCGGUCGCCGCCGUGUUUAUUACGGUCGCCGCCGUCGUUAUUACGGUCGUCGCCGAGGAUAUUACGGUCGCCGCCGUCGUUAUUCCAGUCGUCGCCAAGGGUAUUACGGUCUCCGCCGUCGUUAUUUCGGUCGUCGCCGUCGUUACUCCAGUCGCAGAUACAGCUACUAG